AUCAAAAUCGAAAAUUAUUUAGCCUAGCACCGCCACUGCAAGCUACCAAACAAAUUCUAAGUUCCAAGAAGAUUACUUAAUUUUUUGGCAAUAUAAGCGUCUUUAUUCUGGCACGGACCAGACCAAAUUCAAUGGCUCCCACUUCCCCGCCGCUGCAGACCUUUUUCCUCAUCCUCCUCCUUUCUGCUUUGCCGCCACCGACAAUCACCUCCAUUAAUGCCUCUACCGAUCCCUCCGCUGCCGCCGCCCGAAAUAGCUCGGCUGGUCACGCUCUGUGCCAAUCCACGCCCUACCCCACCGCCUGCCUCUCCGUCGUGAAGCUUUCCAUCUCCGUAAACAUCAACCCCACCGUCCUCUUCCUCGCCCUCCAGUCCCUUCGAGUGGCCCACGACGAAGCCAGUAAGCUAUCCCCACUCCUCUCCCCAGAAGCCGGCGGCCUCACCGAGUCACAGCGAGGCUCCCUACAGGACUGCCGCGAACUUAACGAUAUCACCCUCGCCGCUAUACAGAGGUCGGUCGGCCUCAUCGGGACGGAGCCCAGCAAGCUCGCCGACGCCAAGGGGUUCCUCUCCGCCGCUCUCACCAACCGCGCCACCUGCCUGGAAGGCUUAUCCGGUGCGAAAGGCCCGCGCAAGGCUCCGCUCCUCGACGCUUGGAACGCGGCUUACGCCCACGUCAGCAACUCGCUUUCCCUCGUUGCCCGCUCGUCCGGCGGCCAGCACAAAGGGAUCCGUACGGCCUCCUCGUCGCCGUUCCCGGCAUGGGUCGGGAGGAAAGGAAGGCGGUUGCUGCAGGGCUGGGACUAUGGUGAGUACGACCCUGACUCUGUGGUGGUGGUAGCGGCGGACGGGACGGGAAAUUUCUCAUCGGUGGGGGAGGCGGUGGAGUGGGCACCCACCAACAACGACGAUCGCAUUAUCAUCCUAGUUCGAGCCGGCGUGUACGAAGAGAACGUCUUCAUCACCAGCAAUAAGACCAACAUCGUCCUCAUCGGCGACGGCAAGGACGUCACUGUUAUCAGAUCCAACCACAGCGUCGCCGACGGCUGGUCCACUUUCCGAUCAGCCACGGUUGCCGUGUCGGGCGACGGAUUCCUGGCCCGUGACAUCACGUUCCAGAACACUGCUGGGCCGGAGAAAAAUCAGGCGGUGGCCCUCCGCGUGAACGCCGACCUGGUGGCGCUCUACCGCUGCGGGAUCGACGGGUACCAGGACACGCUGUACGUUCAUUCGUUUCGGCAGUUCUACCGGGAGUGCGUCAUCGCCGGCACCAUCGACUUCAUCUUCGGCAACGCCGCCGUCGUCUUCCAGGGCUGCAACCUGUUCGCCAAGCUGCCUCUCCGCGGCCAGUCCAACGCCGUCACGGCCCAGUCCAAGGACGACCCAAACGAGAACACCGGCAUCUCCAUCCAAAACUGCUCCGUUCUCGCGUCGUCGGAGCUCGCCUCUGCGAACUUCCAGGUGAGGACGUACUUGGGGCGGCCGUGGAUGGUCUACUCGACGACGGUGUACAUAGAGUCGUACAUGGACGGAUUGGUGGAUCCGGAGGGGUGGCAGGAGUGGCCGGGAGGACAGGGCUUGGACACGUUGUACUACGGCGAGUACAUGAACGAGGGGCCGGGGGCAGCCACCGACGCCCGGAUCACGUGGCCGGGCUACCACGUGAUGGACUACGAUGAGGCGUCGAGCUUCUCUGUGUCGCAGUUUAUCUAUGGGGAUGAAUGGCUCGAGUCCACCUCCUUCCCUUACGACAAUGAAAUUUGACCUGUUUCGUGAAUUGGAAUUGGAAUAAUUAAAAGAGAUGACUCUAUUUAAUUAGUAGUUGAAAAAAAAAAAUACUCUAGCCCUUUGGU